AUGUCCGAAGCCCGUGUCCAACAGGCUUCAGACGAUGGCUUCCCGUCACCUCAGCUACUCUGCCCAGUCUCAUCUCCACUCGGUACUGUGUGUUCUCCACCCUAACCUACCCCCUUUUCCCUCUAUUUUACACAGGUCUUCGACAUUCGCCAGUGCUAUGAACAAAUGAAACAACUGGCGCACAUGGCGCAGGCGGCAGCAGUUCGCCAGGCCGCUGCCGUGGUCGGAUCAAUGCCCACUGCGUCCGCUGCUGCUGCUGCUGCAGCUGCUGCUGCGGUCCUGCCAGGCGCCGGUGACCCCACCACCUCCAGCAUGCUGAGCACCUGUGAAGCCGCCGGUGUCGGAGUGGACGAUCUGCGCCGUCUCUGCAUGCUGCGUUUGAGCUUUGUGAAGGGUUGGGGACCCGACUACCCUCGCCACAACAUCAAAGAGACACCCUGUUGGAUUGAGAUUCAACUUCAUAGGUGAGCGUCGGACGGGGGGUGGGGCGGGCGGCGGGAGGGGAGAUGGGAUUGUUAUGUGACUGCUUCACUACGCAUAUUAAGUUAGAAACGGUCACUCCAUGCCAGUAUUUCCCCACCCUUGACCGAGGGCUUUGUAGUCAGCAAAGGGGAGAUAGAGGGGAGACAGUAGCGCUGAGGCGUCGAUGCCAACCAAUUGCCAUCUCGACCACAGAUUUCAAUCCAUCAGAACCCGAUCUAGGGCGGCGGAUUCAUGUGAACACGUCUGGUAAGCCAGUGUCUGGGGCACUGGUCAAGGUGCGUUACACAUGCAUGUCACACCUCCACCAAGCCCACUCUACGACACAGUACACGUGCAUACACGAUAGUAAGCACUUAAAUAUCAAGCAGCGAUUGCUGCAUUGUCACAGCCCCCAACCCCUGUUCGUGCUCAGACUGUCCUCACGUAUUCAGACAUUGAGAAUGGGCCUUGCGUUUAUAUGCGCAUACAUUAGCAGUGCAAUGGUCAAUGCGAAAUUUGGUUGUGACGUUUGCAGACGUCGGUGGCCGUGGGUAGACAGCAAUUUGUGCGUGCGUGCGUGCGUGCGUGCGUGCAUGUAUGCGCCUGGCUCACGUCACAUCGACCACUGCGCGCAGUAUGAUCUUCAGUCGGCAGGACGAGAGGAGCACGCCCAAUAACAUCUUCGGUAAGCGCACUUCUGACAGGACGAUGGGUCCGUGGCCUUGUGGCCGAAUACCACCAGUACUACUACCACCACUACUACUACUAUCACUACUACUAUCACUACUACUACUACCACUACUACUACCAAUACUAAUACUAUCACUACUACUACUACGCGCAGUAUGAUCUUCAGUCGGCAGGACGGGAGGAGCACGUCCAGUAACCUGAUUGUUAACCGUUCUUCGGUCAGGAUGACCAGUCCGUGGCUUUGUGGCCGAAUACCAUCACCACCAUCAUCACCAUCACCACCACCAUCACCACCACCACCACCACUACUACUACUACUACUCAAUUACUUCGGAACCUUCGUUUAGAUCCCACGCAAUGGAGACCUAGGUUUGGGCAUGGUUUGCCGAGGAGGGCUAAUAAACUUGACAUGGACACUCCGGCCCCCCUUGUUGCGAAUGCCUACGAGCCCCAAAUCUUAACAGGGCGAGUAGAUCCCUUGGCGCAAUCGGUGAGCGUCCUCCGGCAUACUUAAUAUACUCGAUGGCUACCGCCAGGACCACGAACCCGUGGGUCGAUGGUCUAAACGUUGGUCUUCUAACCAACAAGACGCGGGUUCGGACCUUGGAAUGGCCAUUUUGGUCUCCCUUAUCUUAUCGGUAUACAUUCGGCAGAUUGGCGCUCACUCGCCCCGUUGUGCUAUGGGGCUCUCUCUCUCUCUCGAGCUCCGUCAGCGGCAGCAGCAGAAUAGCAUUACCGAGCCCGUGGCUCAGUGGUUAGAGGCGUUAAACUUCCAACCUACAGAUUGAGUGAUCUAGCCUCGGGGAUUGCGCACUUCAGGGUUGAGUAUGCCUGGCUGACGACGGCUUAUAAGCCAGAAAUUACCAUUUCAGUUUCCCUUGUCUUUGUCGGUAAUGCCAUUCUGCCUAUAAAGAAUAGUCCUAAUCACAACCAAACAGGACAACGGACCCGCAGCCCAAAGGUAGUGUUAAACCGAUAACCAAAGAUCCGGGGUUUGCAUGUCGAGUGAUCCAACGGCUGCUCCUUACCGACUCCCAUCCUGAACCGAAGUCCAUUCCGAGUCGAGACGACCAAAGGAGAGGUAGAACGCACUUCCUAAUGGAGCAAGAGGACCCACAUCUUGUGCCUGUCAUGCAUCCGUUCGGCACCCUUUAGGGUGUGACUCAAUGCAUGCUUUGAGGUCCAGACGGAAGCCAGAGACUCAUGGAUCAUGGGCCACAAAUUUACAGGGGAUUUGAAAAACUGGACUCAAAAUUUGGGUUGGCUGCGGAUGCAGAUGAAGUGUGACUGCUCACAUGCACACAAAACUGUGGAAGCGAGAGGGAGAGAGCGAGAGCGAGAGAGAGAGAGAGAGAGCAGGAAUCCGCUUUAUUUUGAAUUAUUAAAUUAUAAAUUCAAACUUUCCAGCAUAAAUGGGUUCCAUUCACUGUGGACACAUAAUAACUUAACAAAUUAAUUUAGGAGUCAAACGUUUUGCACAAAAAGGAACGACUAUUAUGGGGACAGUUUUAGUCUUAGUUUCUGCAUUUCUGUCUCUUCACACGCCAUAUAGUGCUCCAGGAAUGGCAAUACUGAAUGUUGAAAUGCCGGCCAAAGGUAUCGGAAAUGCCGUCUUAGGGACAGGUGGGCAGGCGGGAGGUCGGUGUAGGCGGUUAACGAAAGUAUUUCCACUACCCCACGACUGAAUUUGAUCCCCAUUAAACCAUUGAAUUUAGAAAGGGAAUUCCUGCCAUCCUUCAUUAACAGUCUACUGCAGAGUCUACCUUCGCUGUCCUGUAGAUCACUUUAUAUCUAGACGAUUUUCUUUUUCGGUUGAAUCUGAAUUUCUUAUUUUUAUAGUCAGAUGUCUUCACUAUCGUCUAACAACAAUAGCGUAUUUAUCCUUCAGAGUAUAUCACCGGACCUUGAAGUUUAAAAGUAAAAUUUAUGUUCGGUAGGAGACUACGCAACCAUUAAAUCGAUUCGGCAGAUUCGCAAGUGAAUCGUCACCGUAAGUGCACGGGUUAUAAUCCUCUCGGGGGGUUCGUUUAUCAUUGAAAAUUUUGCCCUUUUGCAAACCCUUCCUUCACAAGCGAUGCUUAAACUGAUAGGUUAAAACAAGCCAAUUAGUCGCAUGCGCAGCAGACGUAAUCGGAACGUAGGUUGUAAAUCAACCGAGUUGGUAUACGGGUGGUUAAAUUUGUCUAGCCUGGGUAUGCUGAUAUGCAGUUAGGGAGGCCACGAUAAUUUUGCAGGGGCGUAUAGUGGUCAACGAGGGAUAUAAUACCGGACACUCUUAUUUUGCAGAGACGUAAAAAGUGGUAUUCAUCCCCCUAGGAGAAGUCGCACCAGAAGUAGUUUGCAAUCGAACAGUUCCUGUUCCGAAACAUCCAGCGGACAGAAAGGUACGAUUGGCGGUCUAGUUCAUGAAAAAACUAACUGAAAUUGGAAAUCAUAAUCAAGAUUAAAAAUAAGUAUUUCAGUUGUGUUAGAAUAUUGGUUGUCAUGCAGUUCAAUUUCAAGGAUGCCGGCAUUUGAAUGUGUAUCUCCUCAACCGCCUACAGUUAAUACUAAAGUAAACGGACUUCUUUUACCGCUUUUUGAUGCCAUAAUCAAUCCAAAAGAAAUCGGUGGAAGAUAUGCACAAAAACACUGCUGUUAUUCGCAUCUUGUAGUAAACUACAUCUUCGAAUUUCCUAUCCGAAUUAAGUUCAUGAAAAGUUUGCAACUAUGAGCUUUUUUAAGACCGUGGAAUGUUUUUUUCGAAUCGUAUCUGUCCCACUAGUGAUACUUUUUGAAGUAAACAACGUGACCAUAUUCUCCGAAAGGUUGUUUGAUGCCUACAUCGGAUCUUCUGAUGUGUGAUUUUUCUUAAACGGGAGAUGUACAGUUUGUGCAUUGGAAAACUGCAAAAUUGCAAUAGCUGGCCUGCCUCAAAAGCAUUACAGGAUUGAAAAAGUUUUCCCGUGGUGGAAAACAUUCUUUCUUCGAGUGGGACAGUUGGAAGACUAGCUUAUCACAGAAUUCGCACAAAAAAGCUAUUUUAGUACGUAAUUCACAUGAAAUACUUUUGUACUGAUAAACGCAUGGAAAACCGACGAAACACGCUCAUUUUGCUUAAGUACUAAAAUGUUAACUGGACGAGCAUUUUGCGGACGACUGGAAUUACGUGAAUCCAGACGUCGGCAUCUUGGUGUGGUUAUAGUAUUUUUAAUUUAUACCGCCUACUAGUCAGUAUCCCAACUGCACCCAAAUAAUCUAUCCUAACCCCGACCAUCGUACGGAAUCCAUGUUAGUCCUUCAUGAGCUACGUUGCGAUGGCGCGAUUGUCUGAUAGUUGAAUUUAUCCGCCUGCGCCCUUCCCCGUCUCUGGUCUCCUUGACACCGUCCUGAUACCGGACCCAAUUGGUGGGGAGUGAGUGUGGUGGGCGCUGCGAAAGUCUGAUAUCAUUACAAACAAAUUCAUAUGCAAGUCACUGUGCCUGCUCUCAUCUUGCAGUGGAGCACACGCUGGGCAUCGUCGCAUGCGACGGCCGAACUAUCGUCGUCGCCGCGUUACGUCACGACCCAACUUCAUGAAAACGAUGACAAGAAACUAAAUCCGUGAGGCACGCUUAAUACCGACGACUUGCGCUUCUGAGUGAUGAGACACCCCAUCGAAGGUCAGCAUGGAGCUUUUCGAGCUGGCCGGCGGUGCAGUAGUGGUUCUAACAUGACCCCAUGUUUCAUGCACUUCACGGCAAACUGCAAAAUUCAAACUUGUCGAAACGGGUAGCGUUGGCGUGCAGGGCCUCAAGUCUGCGCCGUCUCGCUCAUAAUUUUUAUUGAUAAGUUACUGAGAGGCCGCAUCCUCGCGAGCCUUCCUCAGCCUAUGCACAGCAUUGGUGUCACGACACCUUGCGAGUUGGGAUUGGAUGGUUCCGUUCGGGUCUCAAGGAACGUAAGCGCCUGCUAUCCAGUGAUCAGCAAAUCAUGGCCCUAGCAGCCGGUUAUGCGCUGGCAUCCCUCUGACACCAGCUUCCCUGCCGGGAGAUGCGCUUGCGCUCCCGCUGGGUAUGCAGGUCGUGAGCAUGGCUGCCCCUGUCAGCCUAGUUGUCUUUCUGACCCAUUUUGUUGUCGUUGCUUAAAAUCUUGGUCAGGUGUCUGUCGUGGGCCAGGGGGUGUGGAGUGGAGCGCCAAGGUGCCGGCUCGACCAUGACGGCCACCUGCGCCCUCCCCCGCCUCCGCUUUUCUUCACUAUGUCUUGACACCGGGUCCAAGUGGGGGGAGGGAAGAGCGCGGUUGAUGCAGCGCAAGUCUACUCUCACUAUAAACUAAUUAAGGUGCAAGUCGCCUUGCCUGCUUUCACCUUGCUGUGGAGCACAUAGUGUGGACAUCAUCGGGCACAACGGUCGAACUGUCGGGUGGUACCGGCUGACCUCACAUCUCAGUCCGCUGCACUGCGAGCUAGGCAGUACACUGGCUCCUCCACAAAGCGGCUAUGCGCGGCACAUCACACCUGUCUGGAAUCGCAUAAGGAAAAUCAUAUCUUCCUCUGUGCCUUUAAGAAGAUGCCACAUAUAAUUCAUGAAAUUUUGCAAUGGAUCCGGACCGUGUUGUACGUUUCAUGAGGAGGAUUAGUAAACGGGCAUGUGCGGUCUUGCAUGUAUGGACAUCGCACGGUCUUCAAAAUCUCAUAAAUAUAAACUUUUUAAAACCUAAAUAUAAACUUUCUUCGUGCAUAAAAUGUGAAGACAAUGUGAUUUCCUACGAAAUUAGCAAAAGAAAGAGUAUUUUUGUGCAUGUUUUCUGUAAAAUAUAUUUUAAUUUAUAAGACUACCGAAACUUAAUAGGAAAAAUGCAUGCUAUUUAAGUAGUCAUUUUUUACCGAGUGUGGUUUCUGCAGGAGGUCAAAAAGAAGUGCACUUAAAAGCCGAUAUGCUGGCGAGUCCGAAAUGUUAUAGGGUUAUGCUUCAUGGUAAUCAGUAUAACAACCCAACUUAAGUAAUCCUUCCUAAUCGGAAACGCAUUCCAGAAUUCUGGCCAACAUUUCAUGAGAUCGGUUACGCACUGUAGGUUGGAAGAGGCUACUGCGCUCAGGCCCGUCUCCAGUCCAGUCCGCCUCCUCCUCCUGCUAUUUUAACCCGACCAGUGAGAGAGGACGAAAUGGCCUGGAUGCUGUUCAAGUCAUCCACUUACAGGCCACAAUCUCCCCCUACUGAAGGUGGUUACCAUGGCUUCCGCCUUCUCAAAGCGACAAGGGUCAGCGCUAUUUCGCAACACUCGGCGUGAAGUCUGAGACACUGAAGUCUGCGAUGCUGGAGGAGCGUCUGAGGAUUCACCACGGGCUUCACGAAGAAACCGCGUUUGACAACCAACGACCAAGACUGCCUACCCCCUCCGCAGCCAUGAAGCAGAGUUCCUGUCUCAUCGCAGACUUCCAAGGGGAGGUAGUGGCCCAUCGCGGACAGGCUAUUGAUUCUCUGGCCCGGAGUUCGCAUUCCCCGCACUGUCUUCAACGACAUGGUGCUGGAAAUGCGACAGUGUAA